AUGAUUGAAAACCCAUUUGUCAAGGAAAAACCAAGUUCUGGUUUAACAACUACCAUAGAAGAAAUAGAAUUGCAAAAGCAUACACCUAUUCCCAUUAGUUUUGGUAUUAAUAACAACAACACAGAUAUCGCUGCUGAUCCACAACACAGUAAAGAAGUAGAUACUUUUGGCGAAACUAAUAGAAAUGAUUCUACACCUAUCAAUGAAAAAAAACUUUUGUUUAAAAUUGAUGCUUGUGUUUUAACUUUUGUUUGUUUGCAGUACUGGAUUAACUAUGUUGAUAGAGUUGGGUUUACAAAUGCAUAUGUGUCAGGUAUGAAGGAAGAUUUACAACUAAAAGGCAAUGAUUUCAACAUUAUAAACACGUGUUUUACAGUCGGUUAUAUCAUUUCAAUGAUUCCACACAAUUUGAUGCUUUUAAAAAUACCACCAAGAAUUUGGUCCAGUUUCUGCACACUAAGCUGGGGUUUGUUAACCCUAGGCAUGUAUCGUGUUUCCAGUUUCAGACAAUGUUGUGCAAUUAGAUUCUUUCAAGGUGUUUUUGAAAGUUGUACGUUUAGUGGUACUCAUUUGGUUUUAGGUUCUUGGUAUAAAGAAUCGGAGUUACCAUUUAGAUCAUCUAUUUUUACAUCCAGUGGAUUGAUCGGGUCUAUUUUUAGUGGGUUCAUGCAGGUUGGUAUAUACAAGUCUUUAAAUAAUCAUCAGGGGUUAGAAGGUUGGAGAUGGUUGUUCAUUAUUGAUUUUGUUAUAACUAUUCCUAUUGCCAUAUACGGGUUUUUAUGCUUCCCCAAUCCUCCAAAUACCUAUAACGAUUUAACUAUUGCGGAUGAUGGUACCACAAUUAGUAGAAACUCAUUAUUAAAUAAAUUUAGUUUGACCAAAUAUGUUUUCACAGAGCAGGAAUUACUUUACAGCGGGAAAAGGCUACCUAAAAGAGAUGUUACUAAAAGGUUAGAUCUAACAGUUAUCAAAAGAGUUAUUGGAAGAUGGCAUUGGUGGUUGUUCAGUUUAGUCUGGGCAUUGGGUGGGUUGAAUAUUAGUUUUGCAUCCAAUUCUACAUUUGCAUUGUGGCUAGCAGAUUUGGAUUAUAGCAUUACCCAAAGAAAUGAUUAUCCAAUGGGUAUUUUUUCAGUUGGUAUAAUUGCUACCUUGUUAAGUGCUUUGUACAUGACAUUAUUUAGAAAUAAACAUCUACAUAUCGCUAUCUUCAUAUCUAUAGUCAUGGUUGUGGUGGCUAUUAUGAUCUUGUGUAAUCCACUAAAGCCAAGUGUUAUGUUUGCUGCCCAAUAUCUUGGCGGUGUUUGUUAUGCAGGCCAAUCCGUUUAUUUCGCUUGGGCAAAUGUUAUUUGUUCUAAUGAUUUACAAGAACGUGCAGUUGUUUUGGCAUCGAUGAAUAUGUUUUCCGGUGCUAUUAAUGCCUGGUGGAGUAUUUUAUUUUAUCCUGCAACAACAGCUCCCAAAUUCAGAAGAGGUGGUUUUGCCAUGUUGGGCACUAGUAUUGCAACUGCAAUUGUCGCUGGUAUAAUUACUAUCUGUCAAAAAAGGGAAGAGAGAUUGAAACAAAAGAAUCCAAUUGUAAAUUACUCGGGAUUUGCGGAAGAUGGACAAAAUGAUGAAAUAUUGGGAGAAGAAGAUGAAGAAGAAGAAGAGGAAGAGGAAGAGGAACAGUGA